AUGAAGGCUUCCAUCCUCUCGCUCGUCUUCCUGUCCGGCCUUGCCGCUGCCCAAGACGGGAUCCCUACCUGCGCUACGGGCUGCGUCGUCCAGUUCACCACCGGCACCUCGAUUGCUGGCUGCGGACAGCUCGACAUUGCCUGCAUCUGCAAGAACGCCGAUUUCCUCAACGGCAUCGCAUGCUGCCUGGUCUCAUCUUGCGACAAGGACGCCCAGACCCAAGCCGUCAAUUACGCCAAACAGAUCUGCUCUUCUGCCGGAGUCUCGACUCCCGACCAGGUAGUCUGCAACGAGAAGUCGUCCAGCUCGACUGAGGCCUCCCACGAGUCUACCACGGCCAGCGAGUCCUCCGCCUCGACUGCCACGACUGGGUCCUCUGACUCGUCCACAACCGACUCUUCCGAGUCUUCCACCACCGCCGAGUCUUCUUCUGCCCCCGCCACCACAAACUCCGCUUCCCGAACCACUGCCACCUCCGCGGCAUCGCAGACAACCUCUGCGGCUUCCACCACAAGCUCCAACGUCGCUGCUCCUCUGGCUUCCGCCGGUAGCUUCGUCGGCGCGGCCAUUGCCGUGUUGGCGGCUGCCUUGUAA